AUGCCGAUAGUGCUGCUCGCGGUGACGGUUCACCACAUGGGUUUGUUCUUCGGGACCCUGUGGGGGCUUCAGGAGCUCCGAUUCGCCGCCAUUUUUGAAGCAGUGCGCUCUGCCGUCUCCUGCUUCACCAGAGCUGUCGUCUGUUGCGUCUUGUCAUUUCACAGACGCCGGAGAUCCCGAGAUUCUGCCGUCGCGCCUUUCACUUGA